UAAUAAAAUUAUUACGUACCGGCCAUUAUACAUUUUGCAAGUGUGUAAAUUUGUAAAUAAAUAUAGUGCACGUGCAUAAACAUUGCAUUUUAUAAAUAAUAGCAGUUACUUUAACUUACAACUUUGCAUAUGUACAUAUAUAAAAUCACAUACUCAUAAAUUAAUUUUAUAAAAUGUCUGUGGAAGAGCUAGAAGGAUCUGAACUUGGUACCAAAAACUACUGGGAUAACAGCUAUGACCAAGAAAUUGCUAAUUAUAAAAAUCAUGGAGACGUGGGUACAAUUUGGUUUGACGAAGAUUCUCAAAUUCGUAUCAUAAAUUGGAUAUUGAAGCAAGAUACAUUGAGUAAUGAUGUAAAUAUUGUGGAUAUGGGCUGUGGCAAUGGUAUGCUCUUAAUAGAACUAGCUCGUGAAGGUUUUUCCAAUUUACUUGGUGUGGACUACUCGGAAGGCGCUAUUGAAUUAGCUAAGCAAAUAGCCAAAGAUCAAGAGUUAAACAUUCGUUAUCAAGUUGUAGAUUUGUUGAAUACGGAACUCUGCCAGCAAGAACUCGGAACUUUCGGAAUCGUUCAUGACAAAGGCACCUAUGAUGCCGUCAGCUUAUGUCCAGACAAUCCAAAAGAAAAACGUGACACAUAUCUUAAUACAGUUCAUAGCAUUAUGGAUGAGAACAGCUUAUUUAUUUUAACGUCUUGCAAUUGGACGGAAGAUGAGCUCUUAAUUAGUUUAGGAGAUAAGUUCCUUAAGAAAUGUUCAAUUCCGACACCUACUUUCAAAUUCGGUGGCAAAAUCGGUAGUGUAGUCACUUCCAUAGUCUUUACAAAAAAGUAGAUUUACAUAUACUUUUAAAUAACGAUAUUUUAACAUAAUAAUAAAAAUAAUUAAAAGUGAAA